AUGAGUCGAACAGAUAUCGAAUUCAAUACCAUCGACCAUGUCAUCCUACGAGGCUGGAUCUUUAGACCAGCCGGUGUCAAAGGCAAACUUCCUUGCCUGGUGAUGGCCCAUGGCUUUGCUUGCCUCAAAGAGAUGCACCUGGACACUUUGGCCCAACGUCUGACGUCCACACUCCCAGUCGCAUGUCUGGUCUACGAUCACCGCGGUUUUGGUGCUAGCGACCAGAAGGAAGACGAGCCUCGCAAUGAAGUUGUGCCGACACACCAGAACAGCGAUCUACAGGACGCCAUCACCUAUGCCCAGUCUCGAGAAGAUAUCGAUGCCUUGAGAAUUGGUAUUUGGGGUUACUCCUAUGGCGGUGGCCAUGCACUUUGGGUCGGUGCCAAUGAUCGCCGUGUCAAGACAGUCAUCGCUGUGGCACCCUUUACCACUGGCGAUAUCAUUCAGAACAACACAAGAUCAGACUUUGAAGAUGCCUUGGAUGAUAUGCUUGCUCAAGAGCGGCUUUCCCGAGCAAGUGGUAACGAGCCUGGGAGAUUACCGGUCGUAGUGAAGAAUCCAAUGGACACUGCCAUACUACCACAUGCGGAAAGCUACGCUUUUUUCUCUCCCUGGGCAGAGAAGAUUGGGUGGAAGAACGAAGUGACGAUCAGAAGGCAUCACAGUCUCGAAGGAGUAAAGACCUACUUCCCCGGCGCCCGAAUUCACAAGAUCGGACCCACGCCGUUGUUGAUGCAGGUGCCUAGGAAGGAUAUUGCUAGUAUCACAGACGCCAUGCUCGAAGCAUACAAUCGUGCGGUGGAGCCCAAGGAGAUGCAGAUGCUGCCAGGUGGACAUUUUAGCUUGUUUGUGGGUGAUGAGUUCGAGAUGCUUGUGGUUAGAGAAAUCGACUUCUUGAGGAGGACAUUGCUCGAGUAG